AUGCAAGCAAAAAACGAGCAUUUGUUCCAAUCUGCCUCUGCUGGCAAUCUCUCCGCGAUUUCCAGUAUUCUAGCAGAAUACACCCCUCCCUCAGAGACACUCCAGCAGACAAUUGUGAAAGCAAGCUACCCCAAUGCCAACCUGUCUAUAGUCACAGAACUACUACACCAACAAUUUCCCCAUCUCCCCCUCUCAGAAGAUAUGAUCCGCUGGUCUUGUUAUACCGGCUUAACCCCCAUUGCCGAAGCAAUCCUUGCCAAAGACCCCCAGGCUUAUACUGGCAGCUUCGAUGAUGAGAGCGGAACUCCUAUGGUCCUUGCAGUUCAAAGCCAAAAGUCAUAUGAGUUUCUCUCCUAUCUGCUCUCCCACGGUGCAGACCCAUUUCUGCACCAUGGUCGAUAUGCGCCACUAUUUCCUGCUACUGUGCUUCGCUACCGUGGCGCGCUGGAUGCUGUGGCAGCUAUGAUGGACCAUGGGGUCAAUCUUCAACAUCAGAAUAUUCUUCUGACAGCUGUUGGCCAUGGAUACCUGGAGUUGACUCGGUAUCUAUUAGCCCAUGGGGUCACACCAGAAAAUGAUCAGUCAGCGGACAACCAGAGCAAAGUACCAGUAUUACACAUAGCGGUUUCUGAUGGCGACAUUAGGAUGGUCCAGCUUCUUUUAGAAUAUGGAGCAAGGGUAGAUAUAAAGGAUGAUCAAGGAUUAACGACAGUGCAAGUUGCUGAGAAAAUGCAGCACUCGAAAAUUAUUGAAUUAUUGAAAGGUAGUCUAUGUUGA